AAUACAUGUUUUGACUGUAUAUAACCCCUAUAGCCUGGACAAUUCGUCGUGCACACCAUGUGGAGUGAUCCCCUGUGCACCCUACGCCGCAAUUAAAGAAUGCCUGCUUUCUAAAGAAUGUCUGCUUCCUAAAAAAUGAGUCUUCUCAAAAAGUCUUUGUCUUCCCAAAAACUGACAGUUUGUUUGACCGACUUUUACACCAACUUCUGUCCCGUGCGCCUCAGCCGCAGCGGGCGGUGCUCCCGGCAGGGGGGAGGUGCAAAAUGGCGGCGGCACCGCCCGUUGGGGGAGGUGCAAAAUGGCGGCGGCACCGCCCCGUGGGCGGGAGGCGGUGAAUGGCGGCGGCGCUGUGCUCCGGGAGGAGUCGGUCGUUGCUGUCGUUCGCACUGUGGUCUGCCGGGCGUUUCGGCGCCCUCCGCGGCGCCAUGCAGCACCCAACGGCGUCCUCGGCACGGCCGGGCAGCCCCGAGCGCGGCGCUGAAGCGGCGGCGGGGCUGGGGGCCGGCGGCGGUGGUGCUGGGGGCUGGCUGGGAGCGCUGCGCUUCGAUAACCUGGCGCUGCGCUCGCUGCCCGUAGAGCCUUCCGAAGACAGCGCCCCGCGGGCUGUGCCCGGCGCCUGCUUCUGCCGGGUGCGCCCCACACCGCUGCGCAACCCGCGGCUGGUGGCCAUGUCGCUGCCGGCGCUGGCGCUGCUGGGGCUGGAAGCCGCCGGCCCCGCGGCCGAGAUGGAGGAGCGGGAGGCCGAGGCGGCUCUGUACUUCAGCGGGAACCGGCUGCUGCCGGGCUCGGAGCCGGCCGCACACUGUUACUGCGGCCACCAGUUCGGCAGCUUCGCCGGGCAGCUGGGCGAUGGAGCCGCUAUGUACCUGGGCGAGGUGCUGGGCCCGCGGGGCGGCCGCUGGGAGAUGCAGCUGAAGGGCGCCGGCCUCACCCCCUUCUCCCGACAAGCUGAUGGUCGUAAAGUCCUGAGAUCAAGCAUACGAGAGUUCCUGUGUAGCGAGGCCAUGUUUCACCUAGGAAUACCAACAACGAGGGCUGGAACCUGCGUGACAUCUGACUCGGAAGUUGUUCGUGACAUAUUUUAUGAUGGAAACCCAAAAAAAGAAAGAUGUACAGUUGUUCUGAGAAUAGCUUCUACGUUCCUAAGAUUUGGUUCUUUUGAAAUUUUUAAACCUACUGAUGAAUACACAGGACGCAAGGGUCCUAGCGUCAACCGAAAUGAUAUUCGAAUACAAAUGCUCGAUUAUGUGAUCGGCACUUUCUAUCCAGAAAUCCAGGAGGCUUAUUCAGACAACAGUAUUCAGAGGAAUGCUGCUUUCUUCAAAGAGAUAACGAAACGGACAGCAAGACUGGUUGCUGAAUGGCAGUGUAUUGGCUUUUGCCAUGGCGUGCUGAAUACAGAUAAUAUGAGCAUAGUUGGACUAACUAUUGACUAUGGCCCUUUUGGGUUUAUGGACAGAUAUGACCCCGAGCACAUUUGCAAUGGUUCUGAUAAUACAGGGCGCUAUGCUUACAACAAGCAGCCAGAGAUUUGCAAGUGGAAUCUAGGGAAGCUCGCUGAAGCCUUAGUUCCAGAGCUGCCCUUGGAAAUCAGCGAACUCAUCCUGGAAGAGGAAUAUGAUGCAGAAUUUGAAAAACAUUAUUUGCAGAAGAUGAGGAAGAAACUAGGCCUCAUUCAGCUGGAAUUAGAAGAAGAUAGUAAGCUGGUGUCUGAACUUCUUGAAACCAUGCAUCUCACAGGCGGAGACUUCACAAAUAUUUUCUACUUGCUGAGUUCAUUCUCAGUAGAUUCUGAUCCUUCAAGACUGGAAGACUUCUUAGAAAAGCUUGCAAGUCAGUGUGCUUCUAUGGAAGAACUGAAAGUUGCUUUCAAGCCUCAGAUGGAUCCAAGACAACUGUCAAUGAUGCUGAUGUUGGCUCAGUCUAAUCCUCAACUGUUUGCACUAAUUGGAACAAAAGCUAAUAUAAAUAAAGAAUUAGAACGCAUUGAACAAUUCACUAAACUGCAGCAGUUAACAGCAGCUGAUUUACUCAGUAGAAAUAAAAGACACUGGACAGAAUGGCUGGAAAAAUACAAAGUCCGUUUACAAAAAGAAAUAGAAGGCGUUAGUGAUGUUGAUGCCUGGAAUACUGAUCGUGUGAAGGUUAUGAAUUCCAACAAUCCAAAAUAUAUCUUGAGAAAUUAUAUUGCCCAGAAUGCCAUAGAAGCAGCUGAAAAUGGGGAUUUCUCAGAGGUAAGAAAUGUGUUGAAACUCUUGGAGAAUCCAUUCCAAGAAACAGAAAGUUUCACAGAGGUGAAGGGAGACACAGAAGAGGAGGAAGCAACAGCUGCAGCAGCUGCUUGCGCUCAAGCAACGAGAAGCAGACUACCGUACUGCAGUAAACCUCCACUGUGGGCUUCCGAGCUCUGUGUUACAUGAUCUUCGUAACUGCCUUGUUUUAUUUCUUGCUGUAAACUGAAGACUCUGAUCCUCCUUCAGCAGUGAAGAAUUCAGCAAGGCGAACGUCAAAGUGCUGUUAGGUUAUAGAAACAACCCCACAUUUGGAUGCGCCUACAACAGUCUUCAGCUGUGCUUAAUUUGGAGCAAUUAUGGAUCAUUGGAACAAACCAGUAACAAUCGGCAGUCUGUAUAUGUCACUAAUAUUUGUUUUUGAGACAAAGUCUUUGCUUUAUUCAUACCACACAGCAAGUAGAAAGCAAUAUUUUGUGUUGGAGCACACUGACUUUUGAACAUCCAAAUGGAGUUGUUAUGUGAAGACAAAAAUAGCAAGUCAGGAAUCUGAUCUAUUUUUGUCUGAUGUCUUAACUAAUAGUACUUCUAACAUUUAUUUGCUGCUUUUUUUCUAUGCAGGGACUUUCAGUCCUCUUUAAUGGAGGAAUAGAUUCAGUGUUGCUUGUUUUAAGCCAUGAUUCAUUUUUCUUGUGAACACUUAAAGUGUUAUUUAAUCUUUGUUUUUAGAGUGUGUGCAAGCAGGGGACUGGGGGGGGGAAAUCAAAUGUUUUGUUUGUUUGUUUUAUUUAGGUAUAAUAUAUAAAGAGCAGAACUAAGGGAGACUGUAUAUUUGCACUUGAAAAUCUUGAUAGGCAAGUUCAUUCAGGUUCUUUACAUUUGCAUACGACGCGUGUGUAAACAUUUACUAAAAUCAUGGGUGCAAUUUGUAAGCCAGUUGACUCAGGCACGGUCAGUUACCCCGUUAGCGUCAAUGUUAUAUGUAAGUGACCCUAGUACUCAAAUACAGAUUCAUUGUCUGUGUAUUCUUAAUAUAGUCCCCUGGUACAAAAAGCAUUCAGGUGGGGUAGCUGUCCGCAUUGGUCAGUGGGGUCCUUCCAUUCCCACUUUGGUCUUAUACCACUUACUUUGCUUCCAUGGUCUUUGGAAAAUGUUUACGCCGAAAGAUGCCAUUUGGGAACAUACUAUUUGAGCUUGUGUAAAAGGCUAUAAUGGAUAAUGGGAGGAGGAUGGGAGCUGACUUGCUUGAAAAUUUUAUUGAUAGUCUUUUGUUGGUUUCAGCUGAGAUUUCAGGGGGAAUUCAGUUGUCAUUAUUGCAAUAUCAGCAAAAUAACCAUAGUUUAAAGGCAUUAGUUAGCUUUCUGAACUUAUUUCUAAAGGGCUUUGUCACUGGUUCAGGUACCUGAAAUCUUGGGCAAGUUUGGCUUAGUGCAAAGGUUUCUCUUUUCCAAAGAGGCUACUCUUUUACACUGUGAAUUUAAGUGCACUCUGGUAAAUUCUUCUUCCGACCCUGUGCAAGUUUGGUAUUAGCUCAGGUUGAAUUGUGCUCUUUGAAGUCUUCCUCAAAGCAUGAGUUAAGGCAAAACAGGGAGAACAAUUGGGCUGUGCUUAUCCAUCUGUUAAUAAUCAGUUUGUUCUUAUUGCUGCCACAGUAAAUAGGCAAUGUUUUGAAUGUAAACAAUGAUUCUGUCUUGCCUUUGACCUAGAGAAGCUGAUGAUGAAUGCCUGUGACAAAUUAGAAUCUCUCUAACAACUCUUCACUGCAACAUUUUCUUACUGAAAAGGAUAAACCUGAGGGUGUUUUCAUCCAUUCCAUGGAAGAAUGGUGUAGUUGAAAGAGGAAGUUCCCUUAAGAAGUGGGCAACAAUAAGUAAUACUUGUUGGUGCAGUAUGUUAGAAAUAAUCUAGUCUGCUAGAAAUAAUCUAUUUUUGUACGAGUUUGAUUGAUGAAAAUACUGUCAUCAGGGAUUAUUUUUUCUCUGAACUUGGGGGCUACUGAAACCAAACCAUUUAAUGGAAAAUCUAAAAAGUCAGUGCUGGGUAAAUAGAACUGAGGGAUGAGAAAGGUAUAUGCUGGCAAUUCGAAAGACGCUUCAAGCACAGUUAUGAAAAAUUUGGAGAACCAAUGGUGUCUUUUGUUCAAAAGUAAUUAAUUGGAGGGGGGAAAAAAGUUGCUCCAAGAUAAUCAUAACUGUGCUGAUUUUGUUUCUCAGUUUAUAUCUUUCCUUCUGGGACACAGAGAAGAACAGUGUUUUCAAGGAGCUCUGCCCAAGCUUUUGGCUUAACAAAAUAUAGACCUUAUUGCUCUCUACAGCUACCUGAAAGGAAGGUGUGGGGAGCUGGGGGUCGGCCUCUUCUCGCAGAUAACUAGCAAUAGGACUAGAGGGAAUGGCCUCAAAUUGUGCCAGGGGAGGUUUAGGUUGGAAAUUAGGAGACAUUUCUUCUCAGAGUGGUUAGGCAUUGGGACAGAUUGCCUAGGGAUAUGGUGGAGUCACCGUCUCCGGGGGUGUUUAAGGAAAGGUUGGACAGGGUUUAGUGGAUGACAUUGGUGGUAGGGUGAUGGUUGGACCAGAUGAUCUUGGAGGGCUUUUCCAACCUUAAUGAUUCUGUGAUUUGUAAUAGAUACAGUAUGUUCACCAGCUGCGACUACGCUCUUAAUAUUUCUGCUAGAGUUCAUCUGGAAGAAACUUCAGACCAACUUCAUUGGUGUGCUGCCCCUGUUGAGGUAGGGGAUGGAGAGCCAUGAAGCAGCAAAGGCACAAGGGACAUUGACGGGUUAGAAAUCACAAAAGAGCCCAGGAAUGGUCGUGCAGGAAUUAAGCCUUCUCCCCCCCCC